AUUCCGCGGGAAAGAGACACGACUCACACACAAGCCACAUCCAGACACGUCGAUGGCGGUCGCAAUGUUCCCCUGUCAAAAGAGACACACGAAAGAACCGCCCAUGUGGUCGACCAUGAGGUCUCUCAGUAUCUUGAGCGAAGGGAGCCUGUAGAGACCGUGUCAUCAGUCUGGUGCGCGGACACAGACGAUACAGAUCAUGGCGGGCAAGACUCAGACUGAUCCUGCGAAGGUACCCAGACAAUCGACUCUCCUAGGAUUCUUCGGAAAACCAAAGCCAGGUCCAGCGGCUCCAAGCUCAUCUGCUCGACCUCUGAGUAACAAGGAUGUGCCGGUCCCAGCAUCAGCUCCUGUCGCAGCAGGUCCUUCGACAUCCUCUCCUGCGUCUACGGCUCUCCGUACACCAUCCUCCGCACUCGGCAGCUCCCCAUCUACCGUCAUCGCCAGGUCCCGUGUCAGAUCUACCAGUCCACUGAAAAAUGUGAUGAAUCACGACGAUGAUCUCUCGGAUGAUCUCACCCCUCCACCUCUCGAAGCUAGGAAGAGCAGGUCUGUCGUGGUAGAGAAAGAGGAAACAGUCAAGGAGGACAUUGUGAUGAACCACGGUGGAGAGGAUUCGCCAAUUGUACUGGUGAGCUGGUGGUCCGUGCGCAGAUUAAUCAUAUGCCUGGUGUAUCCAAUUGAGAUCCCACCUUGAUGUUACGUUCAUUUCCACCUUCAAUUUCCCGUUGCAAGAUACCAACCUGACAUCUCUCCUUACAGUCUCGCCGAGCCAAACGCAAGGUUGUCUACGCAGAAUCAGAUUCUGACUCUGAUGUCGGCAUGAUCUCCCAGAAACCAUUACAGAGCAAGCU